ACUUGAAUGCAGCACUUUUGGCAGGUUUUGUGUGCAUGCAAGUGGGAAAGCAGUAGUCAGCAGCGCCUGCAACCGGACUAUCGUUACAAGUCAAAAUGCCCGCAGAUUUGAGUCAGUGGAGCGGGCCUCUUGCCCUGCCGGAGGUCGAGGAGAAGCCUGCACAGCCUCUGACCCUUAAAUACGGGUCUGUGGAAGUAGACGAGCUCGGCAAAGUGCUCACGCCAACACAGGUGCAGAAUAGACCCACCUGCAUCGAGUGGGAAGGAUGUGACUCCAGUAAGAUGUACACUUUGUCCCUGACCGACCCUGACGCUCCCAGCAGGAAAGACCCCAAAUUUGGGGAGUGGCACCACUUUCUGGUGGUCAACAUGAAAGGGAACGAUGUGUCCUCUGGCUGCGUCUUGUCGGACUAUGUGGGCUCUGGUCCUCCCAAGGGCACAGGUCUCCACAGGUACGUGUGGCUGGUGUAUGAGCAGCCAGGCAGUCUGUCCUGCUCCGAGACCAUCCUCACUAACAGGUCUGGAGACGGCCGCGGCAAGUUCAAGAUCCAGAGUUUCAGGCAGAAAUAUAAACUGGGAGCCCCGGUGGCAGGAACCUGCUACCAGGCCGAGUGGGACGACUAUGUCCCCAAACUGUACGAGCAGCUGGCCGGAAAAUAAAUGAAAAGACUCGGCUCGAGAGUUCUGCACUAGGAAAUCCCACGGAGGCUGAUGGUCUGUAGGAAAUAACCAUUCUUGCAGGAAGCCAAAAAGCAAAACAGUAACCAAGCAUUUUGUUUGUGCCACUGAAUAAUAUAUUUUUUCUCCACUGUUGCUGACCCUGUGCCAAAAAUAAUAAUAAUCUCAAUGUCACCUGCACUCUGCAAUAAAUCUGGUAAACACUGAAA